AUGACCAACACUCUGUCCACGACCAUGACCCAGAGGACCUCGUCAGGGGGUUCGCAGAGGAAAAGACUGGCUGUAGAUGCUGCCAAGAGACCAAGGAUGUUCUUUCCAACAACGUUGCAGCCGGAUGCCCAGGACCGUAUCCCGACCAUGAGCAUCGCAGACAGCGCCCUUCUUCAGGCCACCCUGGCUCAGUCGCGGUAUGCAUGGUCUAACACAGCAUUCACUCGGUUUAUCCCCGAGCCUCCCGCGCGUGCUCCCGGCGGCAAAAAGUACGCUUCAGAACUGACGCCUGUUGGAUCCUACACUGUCUGUAUCGGACCACAUCUUUUUUUCGACACAAAGUUUUUCGCCGUCUUCAACCCUACCCCGCCUCCACCCUCUAUCCCAAUAUCGGGAUCCACAAUUGCUCUCAAUACUGCUGUGUCGACACCUACAGAGGACUCACUCAAUUCCCCAUCUUCAACACCGCCUGCUGCCUUGGGGAGAUCACCUGCACCAGAGAAGACCGUUGAAUUGGCCGCGGCGAGAACCGAUAUGGUAGCGGGGGAAUCAUCAUCGCCUACACCCAUGGAUAUCGAUUCUGAUGCCAGCAAUACCAAUGUGGCAGCGAGCUCAAGCAGCGACAACAAGGAUCAAAUAGUUAACACACCAGCAGCGACGCCAAACGAGUCGGAAUCGAAAUCGGAAUCAACUAAUACACCGAUAAAGAUGGAUGGGACAGCCUCGCCAGCAGUAUCGCCAUUAGGUCCUUCAGAAAAAUCCGCCACUUCAUCACGUCCAACCACAUUAACGUCCUCAGGUGCCAAAGUCAAAACACCAGCGGCUCGACCUUUGAGACCCAUGCACCAGAUGGUAUUUGAAUUCAAGGAGAAUUCUGGAGUGCGGUGGCUGUUUCCAUACGAGUCGUCAGUAGAGUUCACACCAGCCGAAGGUGAAGGUGCAGCAAAGAUUUCUGCGUCGUUCUAUGUGCCUACGAUGGAGGAGCCACGACCAGGCUUGGCAGGAACAGGCCAGAGCACAGCACAGGGUCCGAUACCAGGGCCAGGUCAAGCAACAACACUCGUCAUCCUGCAGGCGACACUGGAACUUUGGUUUGAACUGCAGCGAUCCAUUAGCGACUCCGCAGCAACAUAUCGGUUCAUGAUGGAAAAGAUGAAACAGAUACCUCCGCGCGUUUAUGUCCAAUACAACCUGCCUCUCGACUUUCCAGACGAUCAGCUGCAGCUUAUGGGUCUUAAGAAACUGCCAGAUCACAGAGUUGUUCCGUUGUCAACCCUCGAGCCUUCUAAGCGGACAAUAGGAGGGGUCGAUCAUCCUUUAGGAACAAUAAAGGUGAAGCGACUAAAGACAAAUCAGGAUGAGAAUACCAUUGUUACCGCCGCCGCUGCCACUUCAAAGGGAGGGACCACGUCCAGAAGGAAUACAUCGACACCCAACAAUCCAUCUGGCUCGCCUCAUCAAAAGCAGUGCGCGUAUUGUGGUAGCGUAUCGACGCCCAUGUGGAGGCGUGGUCCAGAUGGAUCACAUAAUCUUUGUAAUGCCUGUGGAGUCAAGUGGAGGCACGGAAAGAUCUUUAUUGAUGUUCAAAACCCAACCGCGCCAUCAGCCGCAACAGCAAAAACAUCAUCCUCGUCCGCUACGACCGUUUCUUCUGCACCAUCAUCGUUUGGUGCCGUUGAGACAUCAACAAAAGCGGCAGAAAGUGCAACUGGACUGCACCAGAAUCUACCUGCAAGUGGAGAGAACUCGGGACAGGUGGAUCAAAAGAUGGAGGGCUUACCAUCAUCGGAGAACCCAUCUGGCAAGGUUAUAUCGACUGAAGACUCGAAAAUUGGAACCGCAGGUAGAUCGAAGACAUGUGAUAAGGACAAGACAGCGCCCGGCAAAAAGCGCGGCAGUGCAAAGGCGUCACCGUCCACAGCAGCAGGACCCAAACUGGUACCCAUUCAUCAGAUUGGAGGGACAGUCAAGCAAUCAAGCAGAGUCGGUGCGAGCUCAAGGAAGGACAGGGACAGGGACACAGGCAAAGAUAAGGUCAAGGCUGCAACCAGUAACAAAAUCCAAGCAGCAUCAGCCCUAGCAUUGCAUUCGACACAGGAAGAUGCAUCCUCCCUCCAGGACGUUCUAGGCUACAUGGCUACAAACGCAAACCUCGAUACUUCUACUUCAAACGUGUCACUAUCUGCUGAAAACAGUAUGUCAUCACCAGCCUCAGUGUCUGCACCAGCAAAUGCAACAGCAGCAUCAAGAACUACAGCCACGAAAGUGGCUGCGGCAAAGACCUCGGCUACUGCUACUAUUGUCAAGUCGACAGCAGCGACAUCCAGAGCAUUAAAGCAAAAGACUCCGGCCAUUGGCACCACCACACCGGCAAUCGCCAAGCCCUCACUUCCGACCUCUGCAGCUGCAAAACUGUCGCUUCUCAAAUCGCUUGCCAGCACCCCCAGGUACCAGAUCAGCCAUUCUACGCCAGGGUCCACCGCUAGCUUGGCCGACGAUGGGCUCUCGCUCUAUGCCACCAAGAACCUAUAUACAAACAACACGGCGACCUUUCCUUUGCACUUUCCGACCAUUUCGAUUGCGUUUGGACCGAACAACGCCUACUACAUGUACCCCAAUUGCGCCGUUGUCUUGUUUGAGAAUCAUUUCCAAAUCAAGCUGAUCAAUGCGGGCGAGCGUACGGAUAUUGAUGUCUGGAAGGAGGGAAUCGUGAGUACAGAGUUUCAGGUCGUGGAUGUUGGCGACGGUGAGAGUAUGAUUGUCAUGAGGGCGCUGCUGAGGCAGCACCUGUCGAGGUUUGACAAGGAGCUCUUGAAUCCAGACGAGAACGAGUCUGCGAUUGUCUUUCGCUUCCGAGAGCGUCUGGAUGGUGGUGGGCCACCGGUGAAGCCUUUGCUGGAACAAUGGCUAAAGACAGAGAUCCCAGUUGCGGCCCCUCCUGGAUCUAAGCCUAGCGCAGGGUCGUGCUCAGAUUCUGGCAGUUCUCCAAUCGCCAUGCUACAAUAA